CAGUACGUUCUUAAUGUAAAUGGAGCAACCACCAUACACUGAGAAUGACCUGACCGCAACCACCACCGCCUCUCCGGAGUCUACCACCCCGAAAACUGAUUCUCAACGAGGCGGGACUCGGCAUCCAGUCUACCGGGGCGUCAGGAAACGCCGGUGGGGCAAAUGGGUGUCGGAAAUCAGAGAACCGCGCAAGAAGUCACGCAUUUGGCUAGGCUCAUUCCCUGUCCCUGAAAUGGCCGCCAAGGCCUAUGACGUCGCCGCGUAUUGCCUCAAAGGACGUAAAGCGCAGCUGAAUUUUCCCGACCAAGUUGAUGAUUUACCUCGGCCGAAGACUAGUACGGCUAGGGACAUUCAGGCGGCGGCAGCAAAGGCAGCACAUACAGUAGUAAUAUCAUCUAAAAAAAGUAGUGUCACUGAUGGUACUCAUGAUGAUGAUUUCUGGGGUGAAAUUGAGCUGCCAGAAUUAAUAAACAGCGGGUGUCAUGAAUAUUGGAAUUCCUGCGGGUGGUCGAACUUCGGCGGCGACACAUCGUGGCUCGACGGCUAGACCCAGCAGCACUUCUUAUAGCAUAUCUCUGACUCUGAUGUACGUGUAUCUCAGUAUUGCUACGAAUAUAUGUUCUUAUUAGAACCUGGUGGUAAGUAUAGUCGUCUCUGACUCUCUGUAAAAAUUUUCACCAGUUGCUAUAUUACGCGGAACACUGUAAUUCACCUGGUAUGGUACAGAAACUUCCCAAUAAAUUUAACAUUUUUAGGUAAUUAUUGAAUUCAAGAAAUUAAUAAUGGAGUUGGAGGAUGUUCCUGAAUUUUUGGAUUUUUAAUUUGGAUGAUGUUCCGGAUAAGUACUGUGGCUACAAUACGUUCUGUUUUCCUUUUCUUUUUCUUUUUUUUUUGGUAUUCUAAAAUAAAAAGAGGUUAAUUGA